GUUAUGGGUAAAAAAGCAUACAUCUUCUUAAUCGUUCCAUACGGUCAUUUCAUCAAACACUUGGGGAGCGUCAUACAUGCACACACAAGAUCACAGUCAGACAGGGCCCGAACAGCAAUGGUUCUCCCGCUAUUGAAGCUCGGGACGUUAGCAUUAAAGACGCUAAGUAAACCCAUUGCUAGCAGGCUCAAACAACAAGCUGCCAUUCACCCAAAGUUUCGUGCUUCCAUCAUCGGUUUAGCCCAGGCGAACCACCGGCUGACUACAAAUAUACAAAGACGAAUAUACGGACAUGCAACAGAUGUUGAAAUACGGCCCUUGAAUGAGGAGAAAGCUGUUCAGGCAGCUGGGGACCUUAUAGGGGAACUCUUUGUCUUCUCGGUUGCAGGAUUGGCUGUCAUCUUUGAGGUACAAAGAAGUGCUAAAUCAGAAGCCAAAAAAGAGGAAGCCCGCAAACAAGAAUUGGAGAUUUUAAGGCGACGUGAUGAAGAUUUAGCAAAAGAAGUGGAAUGCCUGAAUCAAAAAAUUCAAGAACUCGAGCAGCUUGCUAAAGGAAAAGGACUUGCAGGCGUUUUCAACUUCAAAAAUAUUCAAACCAAAGAUGCAAAUCCAACCAAAUCACCUUGAUCUGGCCCACCUUUCAUUCUUGAAUCUUGAUUGCUAUCUAGUGCUAAUACUAGUGAAUUUUGACCCUAAACCGCUUCACUGUUUCAUUCACAUUCCCACCCAAAUAGAAGGGUUGACCUUUUUGCGAGUUUGUCGGUCUACACUAGUUGGGAUAUUAUGAUAUUGUGCCGUUUUCAACAACUCGUAUGACUUUUGAUCAAUAUUUUUUACGCGUAUGGGUAUACGGUUAUGGUAUGAAAGUAUCACUUAUUGGUAAA